AUGGCGGCGGAGCGGAGUCGCUCCCCGGUGGACUCGCCGGUGCCGGCCUCGAUGUUUGCCCCCGAGCCCAGCUCUCCGGGGGCGGCCCGGGCCGCCGCGGCCGCGGCCCGACUCCAUGGCGGCUUCGACUCGGACUGCAGCGAGGACGGCGAGGCGCUCAACGGCGAGCCGGAGCUGGACCUCACCAGCAAGCUGGUUCUAGUGAGCCCUACAUCAGAGCAGUAUGACAGCCUACUUCGGCAAAUGUGGGAGAGGAUGGACGAGGGAUGCGGAGAGACCAUAUAUGUCAUUGGGCAGGGAUCAGAUGGGACUGAGUACGGGCUGAGUGAAGCUGACAUGGAGGCCUCCUACGCCACAGUGAAGAGCAUGGCGGAGCAGAUAGGGGCUGAUGUCAUCCUCUUACGAGAACGUCAAGAAGCGGGCGGCCGAGUGCGUGAUUACCUGGUCAGGAAGCGAGUCGGAGACAAUGACUUCCUGGAGGUCAGGGUGGCAGUGGUGGGCAACGUGGAUGCUGGCAAAAGCACACUCCUGGGAGUCCUAACACAUGGGGAGCUGGACAAUGGCCGUGGCUUUGCCCGCCAAAAACUCUUUCGCCACAAACAUGAGAUUGAAUCUGGUCGAACCAGCAGCGUGGGCAAUGACAUUCUGGGCUUUGACAGUGAAGGCAAUGUAGUGAACAAGCCUGACAGCCAUGGCGGCAGCCUCGAGUGGACAAAGAUCUGUGAGAAGUCCUCUAAAGUGAUCACCUUCAUUGACUUGGCUGGCCACGAGAAGUACCUUAAGACCACUGUUUUUGGCAUGACUGGGCAUUUGCCUGACUUCUGCAUGCUCAUGGUGGGCAGCAAUGCUGGCAUCGUGGGGAUGACCAAGGAACACCUAGGCUUGGCAUUGGCACUCAAUGUACCUGUCUUUGUGGUUGUUACCAAGAUUGACAUGUGUCCUGCCAACAUCCUUCAAGAAACCCUGAAGCUGCUACAGCGCCUGCUGAAGUCACCAGGCUGCCGGAAGAUCCCUGUCUUGGUGCAGAGCAAAGAUGAUGUGAUUGUCACAGCUUCCAACUUCAGCUCUGAGAGGAUGUGCCCGAUAUUCCAGAUCUCCAAUGUCACAGGUGAGAACCUUGAUCUGCUCAAGAUGUUCCUCAACCUCCUGUCCCCCCGCACCAGCUACAGGGAGGAAGAACCUGCUGAGUUCCAGAUAGAUGACACCUACUCUGUUCCCGGUGUGGGGACAGUGGUGUCUGGGACCACACUGCGGGGCCUGAUCAAGCUGAAUGACACACUGCUGCUGGGCCCAGACCCCUUGGGUAACUUCAUGUCCAUUGCUGUCAAGUCGAUCCAUCGCAAGCGUAUGCCUGUCAAGGAGGUGCGGGGGGGCCAAACAGCCUCCUUUGCAUUGAAGAAGAUAAAGCGCUCGUCCAUCCGGAAAGGCAUGGUGAUGGUUUCCCCACGCCUGAAUCCCCAGGCCUCCUGGGAGUUUGAGGCUGAGAUUCUUGUCCUCCACCACCCCACCACAAUUAGUCCACGAUACCAAGCCAUGGUACACUGUGGGAGCAUCCGGCAGACAGCUACAAUUCUGAGCAUGGAUAAAGACUGUCUGCGCACAGGAGAUAAGGCCACUGUCCACUUCCGCUUUAUCAAGACCCCCGAGUAUCUGCACAUAGACCAGCGAUUGGUGUUCCGGGAAGGACGAACCAAGGCUGUUGGCACCAUCACCAAGCUCCUCCAGACAACCAACAACUCCCCGAUGAACUCCAAGCCCCAGCAGAUUAAAAUGCAGUCCACAAAAAAGGGUCCCCUGAGCAAACGAGAAGAAGGAGGUCCAUCUGGUGUGCCAGCGGCAGGGGUCCCCCCAACUGGAGAUGAAGCUUCCUUGCUAGGGACUGCACAGGCUGCCACAUCCAGUGGUCUCCAGCCACAGCCCAAGCCCAGCAGUGGGGGCCGGCGACGAGGGGGCCAGCGCCACAAGGUGAAGUCCCAGGGGGCCUGUGUGACUCCUGCCAGCGGCUGCUGAAUGUCCCCUGGUCCACUUGACCACCAUGGGAUCCUCACUGCUCACUGGGAAGAGACUCUUUGACCGCCACCCGCCCACUCCAGUCCACAGCCAGAGCGUCCUUGUUGCCACACCCCGAUUUUCCAGGGGGGAUCGUAAUUUAUAAGAUGAGGAGGGACUAGAUGUCAAGGACUGACCGUUUGCCACCUGCCACCCUCCGUACUCACAGCUUUCUGGGCCCUUAAUUUCUAUCUUUUUAUUAUAUAUUUGUCCCAAGUGUGUGUGUGUGUGUGUGUGUGUGUGUGUGUGU